ACAGACCAGUGAUGAUAGUGCCAGACACACAAGAGAAACCACAUCCUUAACUCUACCCAGGGCAUCACUGGCUUCAUAUUCCUCCCUGGGGUUUCUAACUGGGAGUGAAGCUGGCUGAGCCCAAGAGCUUCUCUAAAUGUUCAACGGUAUGCUAUGGUGUGAUUUCUGACUGAAGCAGCUACUGAGGAAAAGGAAGGGAAAUCAGUAUGACCUUUAAAAGGUGCCAGAGCGAACAACACGCAGCCCCUGGCCGCUCAGCUGAAAUCGUGGUGAACGGCAUCCAGCCAGAGGCAGAGCAGGAGCACCUAUCUCUUCUGCCCCGUGCUCCCCAAGCUGUGCUUGCUGGCAGUGUGGCUGCAAUGAACGGACAGCCAGAUGCAGAGCUGAGAAAGCAAGACGAUCAGAUGGACCACGAAAGAGAACCUGCUGGCAUGAUGAGUGGCGAUGAGUGGAAGAGCUGGAAAAGAGGGCAGGUUAGGAGGAACACGCUGCACCUCGUGUCUGCGGCUGCUCAGUGGAUAUUACUGCUUGCCUGCUUGGUUUAUCUUGGUCUAGAUUCUCUGCAACUCUCGACGCCUCGCAGUGACAAAGUCCUGUGGACCUACAUCCGCUACACAGGUGAAAGCAUCAAAGGAGUGGCCAUGAAUUUCAGCGCAGAAUUAGGCUCUAUUCAUACCCAGAACGGCUCCAUCAUGAUCACUUGUGACGGCCCCUACCUGGUGUCCCUGAAGGCCAAGCUUUCCCCCGACCUGGAUGACAACAGCUCACUGAAGCUGAUGAUGCGGAAGACGGAAAACAAGAACGUUGAGCCCCUCUGGGAGCAAACCAUCCACGGCAGUAGCAGCACGGUAGAUCUCAUCACGAUGCUCUACUUGUUUGCUCAAGAUAACAUCACCCUGUGGACCAGCUUGAAUGUCACUGUCAUGGAGUUGUCAUUUAGCCUUGUGCUACUAAAACCCGUCUUUUGCCUCCUGUAGAAGAUGACGCAUGAAAUGUAACGUGUAAAGUACAGCCUUUCCUACUGAUAUGUUCACAUGUGGGAGACUUAUUCUCACAGGCUGUACUUGUACAGGCAGACUGCUCUAGCCUCCCCUUUUGGGGCUGUGGAAAGCCUCAGCUGGAGUGCAGGUAAAUCACAGUGCAAAUGGGCUUUACAUAGUGCAUGCCACAUUCAUCUCUGGAGUUCUAUGCAGUAGGAUGGAUCUUUCUGAUGCUGGAGAAAGGCAUGUGUGGAGUCCUCAAGGAAAACAGAGAUGAAAGCCAAAGAAAGCCACCCAAGCUUAGCUCAUAUUCAGAGAAACUCUGGGUUUCUCUAUUUAUUUGACAGUAUCUGCAUAUAGUACAAACGCUCUGUAUAUUUGCUAAAAUAAAGGUCUGUUAAAUCAGGAAGACACCUCAAGUGUCUUAAAGAGAUUUUGAGAAUGAGGAGAACAGAUCUGCUUAGCAGCCCUUUGCCUGGCAAGGCAGGAGAAGGGAAAGAGGCAGCAAGGGACUUUCUUUGCAGUGAUCUGACUGCACUGGACUGCAGGAAUGCAGGCCCUGCAGUGACUAUGAGAUUUGUAGGAACAGCUUUUGAGAGAGGAGGCUUGCUGGCUGUUCCAGCUGUUGGCAGAGCACUGAAGCCUGAGCCAAGGGAGUGUCUGGUAGGACAUUUACAUCUUGACAUCAGCUCUCGGAGGUGUUAAGUUGAAGGACAAUCUCCCUCAAGCAGACACAUGCAGACUGGCUCAACCAAAAAAUGAUCCAGGCACACAAAAUUUGGAAGAAAAGGAUGAAGGCUUUCAGUCUGGUGGGUUCUCUCUAAUGGACCGAGUGAAACCUGCAGGUCUGCGCAUCUCUGGGAGGAUUCACAUAGGUCCUGCAGCAGAGCCCUUGCUGCAAACGUGCUCACCUCGGAGAGGUUCACAGACCCAACUUCCACGACAUGCCCGUGCACCGACCUGCCUGGCUUCUGCCAGAGUCAAGGGACAGACUGCUCUCAGCCAUUCCCUUCACGUGCCCUGAGCACAGCCAGCAGCUGCUGUAUUUCUGCUUGAAGUGGGGCAGACUUCAAGGGCGAGUUGACCGCCUGGCUCCCAAUGAAUCCCAGCAACAUUUCAGCAGUUGCCCACUGACUGUACGCUCCAAAGUCUAUUUGAAACUAUUUAUGUAUUUAUACUACAGGCAUACAAAUGUUACUUCACAUUUCUUAGAAACACUGGGAAGGGUUGAGACUUCAGGCUGUCGGCGCUAAGCUCUUUGCAGAUGCUCCCGGUGCUCUGGAGCUUUGCUGCUCCGUGGGCACCGCGCUGCCACCCACCUCAGCUCCCCGGCCACCCGCUCCUGCAGGCACAGGUGUCAAAGGCAACUUAGGAAAUCUGGGGCUCAGCGAGCUUUCCCGUGCACAUUACAAUGCUGUGGGCAGGUUUCACAAACAUCCCUCCCCAGCCUCAGGGGAAACCUCCCUGGCUGAAGCAGUUACUCAGCUUUUUCUCAGGACUGAGAAGCUGUGGGCUGGCUUGCGCCCACAGGGUGCUGCUCCCCAGCUGCAAGGGGCAUUUGGGGCUUUUACUCCUGACUGCCACUGCCAGGCACCGGCACUCAGACCCCAGCUGGGUGUUGUCACACUCCUCAGGUGAAGUGAGAAUGUGUUCCCUUCUGUAAAAGCUAAUAAAACUUUCCUUUUUGACCCCGUGGUGUCUCGAGGGAGGGGGGACCCUGUUGAAUUAUCCAUUUCCCUGUCUUUGAGCAGACGUGUUCACCAGUAUGAAAACUGUAAGAAACUUUCACACACCGAUUCCUCUGACCUACAUAUACAUGUACACACACUUGUCUUCAAAUAAAGGUUGAAACAAUUCC